AUGGCCUCCGCUGUUCUGGCUACUUACGCGCCUGACGUUGCUCCGCACGUGACUUUAGUUGGGAGGCCGAGGAAGAGUCAUCCAAAGGAAGGUGAUGGAUCUACUAAGGUCGUUUCUCAGUUUGUGAUUGAGCUUCAAGGUUUGAAGACUGUUGAUGGAGAGCGGAUCUUUCAUUUCAACCUGAGGCUUAAGGGAGAUUGGAAUAGAAAGCCGGUGAUUGAGCAGAACACUUGUUAUAGAAUGCAGUGGGGAUCUUCACAACGGUGUGAAGGAUGGAGGUCAAAAGAUGAGGAAGAGAUUGUUGAUAGUCAUGUGAAGUGUGAGAAGUGGAUCCAUGAUGAUGAUAAUUACUCAGAAGGGUCGAGAACAAGAUGGUGGUUGAAUAGACUUAUAGGACGGAGGAAAAGAGUUAAAGUAGAAUGGCCGUUUCCUUUUGUGGAAGAGAAGCUUUAUGUUCUCACUCUUAGCGCUGAUUUAGAAGGUUACCAUUUUAAUGAUGAUGGACAGCAUGUUACAUCUUUCCCUUAUCGAACUAUGAGUAUAUAUAUAUAUCAUACUCAGUUUCUACAUCAUUGUGGUUUUACACUCGAGGAUGCAACCAGGCUUACAGUAAAUGGAGAUGUCCACUCUGUUGUUGUUGCCUCUCUGCCAACAUCACAUCUCAGCUUUGCUCCCUAA